CGCCUGCGCACUGCAGCGACCCACGGCAGCGCUGCUCCGGCCGCGCCUGCGCUGCGUGCAGUCCGGAGACGCAGAGCAAGGGAAGGCUGUCUCCGCCCUCCCCCCUCAGCCCGAGCCAUGGCCGAGGCGGGGCCCGGGCUGAGUGAGACCGUCACUGAGACAACGGUUACCGUGACAACCGAGCCCGAGAACCGGAGCCUGACCAUCAAACUGCGGAAACGGAAGCCAGAGAAAAAGGUGGAAUGGACGAGUGACACUGUGGACAACGAACACAUGGGGCGCCGCUCAUCAAAAUGCUGCUGUAUUUAUGAGAAACCGAGGGCCUUUGGUGAGAGCUCCACGGAGAGUGAUGAGGAGGAAGAGGAAGGCUGUGGUCACACACACUGUGUACGGGGCCACCGCAGAGGACGGAGCCGUGUCACCCCCGGACCCAGCCCCACCACCUCUUCCCAGCCCCCUGACCUAUCUCAGCCCCCUCCAGGGCCAAUGCAGCACUAAAUUCCUCUCUCCCACCA